AUGUCUGGACGUCAAGCACUCAACCCUGGAGCCCCCGAAUGGCGCGCUGUUACGCCGCAGGGCUGCAAACGCUCGUACGUCAAAGACCUUUCUCAAUUGGAUAAGUUCCGCGAGGAAUCGUUUCAAGCGCUAAUGACGACGCAAGAACUUCAAGAUGGGGUGCUACAGCAGCUGGUCGAAGAGCAACAAGAAAGCGUAAUGGCGCUUACCUUACCACGACCCAGUUUGCAGACGUUUAACGGCGAUCCCUUAGGUUACUGCGACUUUUUGCGUGCGUUUGAACAUCUGGUAGAGCGCAAGGCAAACGACCCCAGCGCAAGACUCUACUUUUUAGUGCAGCACACUUCCGGAAGUGUGGAGGAAUUGAUGCGAAGUUUUCUGCCCAUGCAGCCAGAGGAGGGAUAUAGAGAAGCGCGACGCUUGCUUAAGGAGCGAUACGGUCAGAAAUACAAGAUCGCCGCCGCGCACGCACAGAAACUCAUCGACGGGACCCCCAUCAGAACAGAGGACGGCGAGGAGCUGCAGAGAUUCUCCAUCCAGCUGGUGAGUUGCACCAACACAUUGAAGGAAAUUGGUUAUAUAGGGAAACUGGACAAUCCAGAAAACCUAAAGAAAAUCGUCAAUCGAUGCCGUAGAAGAAAGGAGACGUAG